AUGCAACGUGCUCACGGAUUGCCAUUUGUUAAGGAUAUUGCUUUUGUGGAUAGUACUGCAUCCUGUGAUGCCAAUGGGCAUUCUGUAACAAUUAUGCUUACGGCUUGUGGGAUAGGAGCUGUACCAUUAGCUCUUAUGAUCACUAAAGGACAGUCAACUGAAGAUUACAUUGCUGCCUUUACACUAUUGAAAGAGUCUGUACCAUUCGCAUUUUCUUCCCAAGGAUAUCCCAAACAGUUUAUUACCGACGAUAGUGAAGCUAAAGACAAGCUCUUAAGCAUGUUUGGCCCUCAUCAAAAUCGCUUCUAUGUCGUUUCAUAUUGUCAAUCGUAUGGCGUUGGCUUUUUGAAAAAAAACAUGACAUUUUAA